AUUAUUGGAAAAGUUGUAUUUCCCAUUCCCCCUGAUUCAGUGAUUCGAACAGAUUACAAGAUAUUUAGUCGACUUAGGAGUACAAUAUUUAUCAUCUUAAGUUUGAAAUCUCUUUUUCUGCCAACUUUAUCAAAUAAGUUUUCAACUAUUGCUAAUAAUAUUUUGAAUAGAAUCAUUUAAUAUGACAUAACGUCAUGGUCAUCUUGGGGGCAGGAGGCUUUCAUUUUUAAAAGAACUGAAAAAGUAAAUUAUAUUAUUAUUCUGUCUUAGAUGUGAAUCAAAGGUACGGUAAAUGAAAACCAUAUAAAAAUUUGUAACACAUUAUAAAAUUAUGUCAUUUCAAUGUAAUUGUGACAAAGCAGUUGCUCUGAGCACACUUCGAUCUGAAAUAUUGGAUUUAAGAAAGGAGAAUGCAAUUUUGAAACAAAAACUAAGUUUGUUUGAAUGUAAUAUGCCAGAAACUAUUUAUCAUCCCGAAUUUGUUGACGCAAGCUGUCAAACUGAAUGUGAUUAUGAGGAACUCAAAAAUCACUCGUACGAAAAUACAUCCAAUGUUGCAGAGACACUCACAGCUGAAAGCAUUGCCCAAACUGCUCGUUCAUAUAUGAACACGGCUGGGUGGGUUUAUGAUGAACAAAGGGGUAUCUACUUUGAUUACAACACUAGUCUAUAUUACUAUCCCAACACAAAGCUAUAUUACAAUUAUAAAAAUGGGUGCUAUUAUAAAUAUAAUCAGGACUCACAAGAAUACGAGUUUCAGCAUCAACUUAUGGGCUUCAAUGACACGUCAAAUACGAAUAUUGAUAGAGAUGAUAUUAUUGGAAAGCAAAUAGGUGAUAAAAUUUUUUUUUCGUCUCUGAAAAAAGCGGUACCGGUAUUUAAAUAUGGAAAAUCUCAGAAGAGUCAUCUCAAAGCAAUCCAGGUGAACGAACUUUGCUCCCACUUUACGAAUAGCCAAUCUGAAGUUGAAGGGAUGGCAGAAAACAAUAAAAAUUGUAUAUCAAUAUGCAAAACUGAAAUCGGGCGAUCACCAUAUCAUGAUUACAGUUUGUCUGAUUCAGAGAUUGAAUGCAUUAAAUCAACAAGAAAAAAUUAUCUUGUAUGUAGGAAAUGUUCUAACAUAACGGAAACCUGUUGUUGCCAGAAUGAAAAAUGCUUAAAUAUGAAUAUCAAUGGCAAAUCAGUAUGUAACAGAAUGACAAGAAAAGAUGAAAAAACAUCAGAAUUAGACAGUUGCUCGGAUACUGAACUAGAGACAUUGUCAACACAUCCUUUUAAAUUUUUGAAAUGUCCAAAAUGUUUGUCUUUUGUUAAUUCUGUUUGUUGUGAAGGUAUAACAGAGUCGAGAAAACGACGGAAAGCUUCGGAUUUAGCUGAAGAUUCAAAUAAACGCCAUUGCUUAGAAAACUUUAAGUUAGUGUGUGAUGAUUCUUCCAAAUUUUCAAAAGAAAAAGUCAUUUAUUCAAUGGAUUGUUUGGAUGAAAAUGAUACAGACUUGGAUUUAGAAACUAAUGUGAUUCCAUGCAUUCGAGCUAUGGUCACUUCAUCUAAAAGUCUAACAUCUGGUACGUUAUUUUUAAUUACUCGUUAUGGUGCAAUUUUUGGUUCAAGUGAAAACUGUGAAAUUCAAAUACAAGAAGCUGAUGUAAGUCCAAAACAUGCAGCAGUGUUUUAUAACCAACAACAAAGAAAUUACUUUGUCACUGAUUAUGGGAGUGAGAAUGGAACAACUCUAAAUUCUAUCACCGAACAUAAUCCUGGUAUAACAACUGUGCUAGCCAGCCCUAUUACACAUAAAAGUGUGCUAAUAAUAGGAAACACUGUGUUUGUGUUACAUCUGCAUAUUGGUUAUGAUACAUGCGAUGACUGUGAACCUGGUCAAAUCCAAGCCAUGAUUGAUACAAAUAAGACCAAUAAUUCAGUUGAAAUUUUGACAAAAAAUGAAAAGGAAAAACAAAGGCGAUCUGAGUUGAAGAAUAUUAGGAGAAAAUAUAAUUUACAUAAUGAUAAAUAUAAGCAAUCGGAAUUCGGUAUUGAACCGCAGUAUGUGGAUAGAGCUUCUGAAAGAAGGCGAUUGUUAGGCAGUGAUAAUCCAUAUGAAAAAGAUGAGAUGCCAACUUCAAUGCAAACAGAGUUGGCCGAUCACAACAAAGGCCACCAAAUGCUAAAGAAAAUGGGUUGGAAUAAGGGACAGAGUCUAGGAAAAUAUCAAACAGGGAUUACAGAACCUAUUGCACCUGAUGGAAGUGGAAAAGGGAAAUUCGGACUUGGUUACGGGAAAAAUAGAUAACGUUUGCUAUAAUUUACCUUUGCUAUUGAUGUUCUUGUAUUGAACUAUCUGGUGUCAUAAAUGCAAAUUGUACAAACAUUUUUCACGAUUCUCAUUUUAAUAUUUUUCAAACAUGAAUUGGUGUCAAACACAGUUGUAUAAACACAUUGUAUGGAUAACAAAUUUGAAAACAUAAUUCAAGACCUAAGUGGUCUGUCUAAUUAAUCUUGCUACCCAACUUCUGCCUCAACAUCGUCUAUGACAGAACACAGAACCAUUCUUGAACUUAUUUUUUGAUGCAAAAUUGUGUACGUACGUACCACUUGAAAAUAUGCUUCUGCUGUAUGAAAAACAAAUUCUGGAGUUAUUAAUGAAGAGAAAUUUGUCACUAUCACACCUUGUCCGUACUUUGUUACCCACAAAAACUAUUCGCCAGAGUGCAUGGAUGCUGAAAAUACCACGGUAAAUCCUUCACUGAAUUUAAUUAUUUGUUUGUGCAAUAUUUUCUUUUGUUUUUACAG